ACAUAAUAUAAAUACGAAUUCCGAAAUGUGAAACGGUCAGUUUGGUUUGACUACGACUCCACGCAGAGAAUAGAACCGAAACAUUCUUUCAUUUAAAGACACUGAAAUUAGUUGGUCGUAAAUUAAACAUGAAACUGCAGCUUAGCAUUUUUGUAACUUUACUUGUUUUAUCAAGUUUUGCUGAAGCGCAAAAGUCAGUAUCACAAUUACUGACGGACAGACGUUACGUGACGCAACAAAUCAGCUGCAUCCUAGAUCAGGCUCCAUGUGAUGUCAUCGGAAAAAGAAUUAAAAGCUUGUUACCGGAAGCAUUGAAUAACAAUUGUCGUCGUUGUACACCUCGGCAAAGGGAGCAUGCGAGAACAUUAAUGACGCUGAUGCAACAAAAUUAUCCGAAGGAAUGGCAGAUGAUCGUGCGAUACUACUCGACAGUGCCGAAUCGCAUUACUGCUAUGUAACUCAUUCAUCUCAGCAUUAUUUAAUAUUAUUUGUCAAAUACCAGAACAUAUAAAGAUUAUAAUAAUGUCGUAAAUACGAUGGUACCCGAAAUUAUCAUCUUAAUCCAAGUACAAUAUGUAACAUGUAUACAAUCUAUAAUAUAUGUAUAAUAAUCUUAUAUCAAUAUAUAUAUAAUAAUAAUCUAUAAUAUAUGUAUAAAUCUAUUAAGCAAAAUGUUCAAGGUUUACUUCUGAUUGUAAACAAUAUUAUAGUUUCUUAUUUAUUACACACUCUAUUCACUUAUUGACCAUCAUCGUCAGUAGGUACAGCAACCCGCUCUUUACUGGUUUUUAUAAUUCAAAAAACAAAAUAAAGGUCACUGAAAAUUUGCUGGAAAAAAGGUAGCGCUUUUCAUAAAGGGGCAGAAUUUUAUUCACAUCCUGUAGAUAAUAUUCUAUUUAUUCCACCUGCUUCACAAAUGUUAAUGUGAGCAGAAUUACAAUCAGCAUGACUAAUUGUUGUUAAAUCCGAUCGGAAUGUUUGAGAACACGCAGCAGCGUCUAAUGCUUGCGAUUAUUUAAUACAGUAUUGGGUGUUAACAGUAACUUUAACCAAAAAAUUCUUUAUCGUAUUUUUACUUAACAUGUAUAUAGUAUACAAAAAUAACAUUCUUUUUAUUGAUAUUAUUUCGUUUCGAAAGAUUAAGCGUCUAGCGAUGAUGAAAUUUUGUCUACUAAAAUAGAAGACCAACAACGUUUCAGGUCGAAAAUAUUAAAUAAAGGGGUUUAUACCGUUAAUAGGGUUUACUGUCGCCUGCAAACUACGAGAAGGUCAAGGGACAAGGUAGAAAGUUUCGAUCCUAUGGUCGGUUUUUCGCAAUAUGAAGGAAUAAUGAUGUUGUUUGAAACCAUAAUACACCUUGCAUUCUAAUCGGCUUCAUGAUUGUAAUGUCGAAAUGAACGCGUCACAUGUAUAAUUAGAAGAAUUGAGUAAUAUCGUAAUAUAGUUUUAUUUCAGCGAUAUAUGUAUAUAUCGCAUCUUGGAUAAUGUCAAGAAUAAUCUGUUUAAAAUGUAAAUUAUUUCGAUGUGUAAUGUAUGUACUAUGUUUAUACUCUUUCAGAAGAAGUGCUACUUUGAUGAUGCAAAAUUCUAAAAAUAUUCACCAUUAGUGGGAUAUGUGUUUCUGUAGUUGCACACUGGUAAUAUGUAUACUAAUAAUAUACGUAUAAUAAAUAAAUAUAAGUUGAAAAAAGU